GAGAAGGAGGGGGUUGGCUUUAGUGUGAUUUGAAUGGGCGUGAGAGAGAGCGUGAGGGACUGAGCAAAUCAACCUGCCUCUUUUGACUGAACAACGGGAUGGAAGAGCUGAGCUCCUAGCCACACUGAUCAGAGAGGAGUUUUAUUUUUGGAGAGGGGAAGAAGGGAGCAGACAAGGGGAACCGAAGAGGGAGAAGAAGGAGAAAAGGCAUCAGAGUGGGGAUAGAUAGCAGAAAAAUGCUGUCAUGGGGAGAGGGGGAGGGAGCAGACAGAAAGGAACAGAAUGAGACCAGGCAGGGUGGAGCGGAGCUGAAAUGUGGAGGUGUCCAGUGGAAGAGACCAAAGAGAAGCAAGCAGGUGCUGAGGGGUGGGAGCUGAUGGAUGACAGAUCAGAGAGGCCAACACACACACAAAUCCUCCCCAACCCAGAGGACAGAGAGCUGGACCAAACCACGACUGGACCACACCACAACUGGACCAAACCACGACUGGACCACACCACGACUGGACCACACCACAACUGGACCACACCACAACUGGACCCCACCACGACUGGACCCCACCACAACUGGACCCCACCACAACUGGACCCCACCACGACUGGACCACACCACGACUGGACCACACCACGACUGGACCACACCACGACUGGACCACACCACGACUGGACCACACCACAACUGGUCCACACCACGACUGGACCACACCCCACCACGACUGGACCACACCACGACUGGACCACACCACGACUGGACCACACCACGACUGGACCACACCACGACUGA